UGCUGCUGUUAAAGUACCUCUGGCUGUUGCACAAGACAGUCCUAACCCCCCCUCCCCCUGUAAAUUGCAGAUACCCCUGAGCUGGGGGAACUAAUGAAGCUCUAAUAUAUCCCGAGGCAGGGUCACUGCGACAGACUGGGUCGUACUCAAGUACAAUAAACUGGAAAGGAGGAACACUUGGCAGCAAUGGUAGGCAGGCUGAACCUGCAGGAUGUCCCCGAUCUGCUGGAUAUGAAGAAGAGGAGUGAGAGAGUGCUAGACAGCCCGGACUCAGGACUGCCUCCAAGCCCAUGCCCCAGCAACUGGCUAGUGACUCCAGCGGUGAGUGAGAAAUCAGCGGAGCAGGACCUCUCCGGACAGACAGGACAGGGAAGCUCUCCUCCAUCAUUAACUUUGACAUGCACCCCAAGGCUGUGUCCUUUGUCCUUUGGAGAGGGUGUGGAGCUUGAUCCGUUGCCACCCAAGGAGAUAAGAUAUACCUCUUCAGUGAAAUAUGACUCAGAGAAACAUUUCAUCGAUAAUGUCUACAUGCCGGUUGGACUGGGUGUUUCAUCCUGCAGCCAGACAGUAAUCUGCAUCCCCAACUGUACAUGGCGUAACUACAGAGCAGAAGUCCAUUUUGAACCCAGGAACAAGCCCCAUAGAUUUAUGAGCACCACCAUUGUGUAUCCCAAGCACACAAAAACUGUCUACACCACAACUCUGGAUUAUAACUGCAAGAAGUGCAUGAGGCGAUUUCUGUCUAGUGUAGAGCUGGAGUCUGCUGAACAUCUGGGAAAUGAGGGCUUCAUGGAUGAAUAUUGAGUUCUGGUGUCUAUAUCUAGAUUCUUGCCAUUAGCCUUUAACAACGUGCUCAAAGUGAACAAAUUGAUUAAAUAAUUCCCACAAAAGUUUCUUUUAAGAUAUUAAAUGUACCGAGGACAAUGGACCAGUAAAUUUUUUUACAGGAAAAAGUAGGAUGAUAAUUACCUGUUGAUCACUUCAUAAGUCACAGUCAUCUACUUUGGCAUUUAUGUAUUAAAAAUUUAAUUGUGGCAAUAAAGGGCUACAUGAGCUUUAUUAAAAUAAAAAAUAACCUCUUGCAUUCCUGUGAAGAUGAAAAUUGACAAAACUUUUAGACACAAACAAAACCAGGAAAAGGAAGUAAAGAGUCUUUUUCUGUCAUCAAAUAUUCACAGAAAAUCUGAAAUGUCUUUUGCCAUAUUUUAUAAGAAUAUCAACAAUUAGUGAAAAAGCGUGGUAGCAAAAGGGUUUUUGGAUUCAUUCAUUUGAAAAUGUAAGAACAACCAUUAACAACUAGAUUACAUAGAGUAAUAAAACAUUAAUUUUAGGAACAUUUUGCAACUUCCACAAGAUUCUGAAUUUAUUUUUUGUUAAUGGUUUGUACAGAAAAAAGAUCACUUAAGGACAAUGCUAGCUGAAGAGUUUGAAUUGUAAUAGCAGCACAUGAAUGAAUAUGACUACAUGUACAUUUCUGCAACAAAUUCCAGAGCAAUGAGAUUUUCAAUAAGCAAGUUACCAUCCAAAAACCAAUCAUGUAUUCCCCACCCCUUUGCAUAAAGACCUACGCAAGAGUAAUUUGGAAUAUAUUAUUUUUGUUUUAUAAUGCACAUAUACUGUAUACAAUAGGUUACGCUUGUCUAUUAAAUUCAUCUUUGCUUUUUGAAAUCAUA